AUGACAUCGAGAAAUAAAAAGACGACACGACGACAGCGCGAGGAUCGCCCACGCUCCCUCAUCGAUGACGGUGUCGACGCUGUAUGCAGAAAAGAGGAAGUUGCAGGGACCACGCAUCGCAGUCAGGUCAUAGGAGACUUGACUUCUCCAGCCCCCCUCCGUUCAGCCACACAGGCCCAGGGUCAAGGUAGGUGCGAUGUUAGUGAUUUCCGUGUGACUUCUCCACUUGACGUGAAUUCCGCGCCGGUGAUACAGUCAUUCAGCCCGGCACCAGCUCUCGGUGCAAGAAAGGGAGCCUUCCUCGACUGUCCUGCCGUCUCCUCCAACCAAGAGUCUCAACAAGUACUUGGUCGUGUCGCCGAUCCGAGGAUCGACAACCUGGAUUCGAAUCAGAAUCCCCAGGUCGGCCUCCCAGGCGAGGAUGCCGACGCGGUGCGACGUGCCGCGAUCGCAAGCACGCGUUCUACACGCGAUGCGAUCGUGGGCGCGCACCCCCAAGCGACCGACAGUGUUGGUCAGAGAUACCAAAACAUCACCGUGGAGCUAAAGUGCGAUGAAGCACAUACACGGUUCGACAGGAAGUGUAUAGUACGCGGGGAUGUCGUGGUGGUAUCGAAAUUAAACGAUAAUAUAGGAGGUAGACGUCAUGGCGCCCAACGUGGGGCCUUCCAUGAAGGUAGUAAUGGAAGACCUGCUUAUUCAAACAAUAAUAGUGUUAUAACCAGAGUAAAUCGGCUGAAUGCUGUACACCCCGUGAAUGUGAAUCAUAACAAUAUUUUACAUGACAAUGACUCGAUUUAUAUUGAUGAUAUGAUUGGAAUUGAUAUUUGUAAUGGUAAUGUUUGUGAUUUAGGGGGUUCAGUGUAUGGUGGGGGUGAUAAUAAUUUAUUAAGGGACCGAUAUUCUGCGCAAGGUGACCGCCUGAGCAUCCAUAGUGGACACAGCAGUGUCGCACAGAGUUUGCAGGAUCAGGUAGGGGACUUGCAAAGUCUAACGGCGGGGAUAGCUCGACUUUUAAUCAAUCAAAACGCGACUCAGUCCCCUCCCCCGAGGUUACCGCGAUUUAGUGGACGUGAUUGGCAAGAUCCAGAGGUUUUCUUCGGAAAACUGGAUCGUUAUUUCCGUCGAUAUGAUAUUCCCAGCGAGGAAUGGGCGGAAAUAGCGUUAGAACAACUGGAAGGCAAAGCGGAAAAAUUGUUUGCUCAUUGGAAACACUUGAACAUUCGGUACGACGAUGUCCGUGCGCGAAUUUUAAAAGAAUUCGACUCACCGGAAAAGCAUUGUGCCUUGAGGGCCAAAUUGUUUGGUGAAACGCAAAAAUCCGAGCCAACUGAGAUUUUUAUUGCUGCCAAAGAGGGAUUGUUCGAACGAAUUGCUCCGACCACGUCUCCACGUGAACGCGUCGUACAAGUGACAGCACUUUUACGACCGGAGCUAAGGAUGAUGCUGCGAGCUGUGCCAGUGAGCACAUUGGCCGAGCUGUCCAACGUGGCGAGUGAAAUCGAGGGUGAUUACGCAAAUUUGCAAGCUGGUGCAUUGGGAGGAAAGGCGGCCCAGUCCUCUUUUGUGAAAAAAGAGGUCGGCCAGUCACGAAAUUCUGACCAACCACCUAGACAGCCAAAGUGUUGGACUUGCGAAGGAGCCCAUCACCAGAGUCAAUGUCCGCUGAGGCAACCCAAAGGGACGAAUUUCCAACGUCCAAGUCCUAACACCCACCAGAAACAGUCGGAUAAUAAAACGAUUCCUAGGCAGAACCCUCCGGAGAGAGUGGCUGCCCAAAUGGAAAGGAAAACCAAAGAUAGGAAAAGUCCUAUGUCUGAAGGACGGUCAAAGCAGACUGAACCACCUCGUAAGGAGGGGCGUCCGAAGCAAAAUAGUUCCAAACCGCAGAACCCUUCAGCGAAAGCGGCUGCAAAAAUGGAAAAUAGGGGUAAAGGUUCAAGAAAUCCUCCAUCUACAGGGUGGUCCAAUAGGACAGACUCCCGACAGAAGGAAGGACAACCGAUCCAACAGCAGGUGGUGGUCGAUGUCCACUCCCCUAGUCAAGGGCCUGCAAAGGUUGGAAAACCCUACAGGAAAAAGGGCAAAGGUCGCGAACGGUCGGACCUUGAUGCAAUCGAAAUUGCAGAGUCUUUAAAUUUUUGA